CUGGCCAGGCGGGGCCCGAGUGGAGCAGGCCGGUGUGGGCCGCGCGCCCCCUGCCCGCCGCGCGCCGCGUGCACGCGCGCCCCUCUCGCCGGCCCUCCCUCGGCGCGGGGCCCCCGGGCGGGCGGCGCGAGGACAUGGCCAGCGACGCGGUGCAGCCCUGCUGAUGGCCUGUCAGCCUUGCCGCGGAGCUGGGCGAAUCUGGUGUUGCCGGACACACAAGAGUGAGCCCCACGGCUGGUCGCUGCUGGAGCAGCUGGGCCUGGCGGGCGCCGACCUGGCGGCUCCCGGGGUGCAGCAGCAGCUGGAACUGGAGCGGGAGCGGCUGCGGAGGGAGAUCCGCAAAGAACUGAAGCUCAAGGAGGGCGCCGAGAACCUGCGCCGCGCCACCACCGACCUGGGCCGCAGCCUGGGCCCCGUGGAGCUGCUGCUGCGGGGCUCAGCGCGCCGCCUGGACCAGCUGCACCAGCAGCUGCAGGAGUUGCACGCGCACGUGGUGCUGCCCGACCCCGCGGGGGGCUCCGGAGAUGCCCCCCAGUCCCCCGGGGCGGUCGGCCCCGCCUGCUCCGCCACCAGCCUGAGCCGUGUGGCCGGGCUGGAGAAGCAACUGGCCAUUGAGCUGAAGGUGCGGCAGGGCGCCGAGAACAUGAUCCAGACCUACAGCAAUGGCAGCACCAAGGACCGGAAGCUGCUGCUCACUGCCCAGCAGAUGCUGCAGGACAGUAAGACCAAGAUUGACAUCAUCCGCAUGCAGCUGCGCCGCGCGCUGCAGCAGGCUGGCCAGCUGGAGAGCCAGGCGGCCCCGGAGGACACCCAAGGGAGUCCGGACCUGGGAGCAGUGGAGCUGCGCAUUGAGGAGCUGCGACACCAUUUCCGAGUGGAGCACGCUGUGGCCGAGGGUGCCAAGAAUGUGCUCCGCCUGCUCAGUGCUGCCAAGGCUCCGGACCGCAAGGCAGUCAGCGAGGCCCAGGAGAAGCUGACUGAGUCCAACCAGAAGCUCGGGCUCCUCCGGGAGGCCCUGGAGCGGAGGCUCACAGAGCUGCCCGCCGACCACCCCAAGGGGCGACUGCUCCGAGAGGAGCUUGCUGCCGCAGCGUCCCCUGCCUUCAGUGCCCGCCUAGCCGGACCCUUUCCUGCCACGCACUACAGCACCUUGUGCAAACCGGCUCCGCUCACAGGGACCCUGGAGGUACGUGUGGUGGGCUGCAGAGACCUUCCGGAGACCAUCCCCUGGAACCACACACCGUCGGUGGGGGCACCCGGAACCCCGGACAGCCGCACCCCUUUUCUGAGCCGCCCGGCCCGUGGUCUCUACAGCCGGAGCGGGAGCCUCAGUGGCCGGAGCAGCCUGAAAGGCGAAGCGGAGACCGCCAGCGAGGUGAGAACUGUGCUGAAGCUGGACAAUGCCGUGGUGGGACACACAUCCUGGAAGCCGUGUGGGCCCCAUGCCUGGGACCAGAGCUUCACCCUGGAGCUGGAGCGGGCACGGGAGCUGGAGCUGGCCGUGUUCUGGCGAGAUCAGCGGGGCCUCUGCGCCCUCAAGUUCCUCAAGCUGGAGGAUUUCCUGGACAACGAGCGGCACGAGGUGCAGCUAGACAUGGAGCCCCAGGGCUGCCUGGUGGCCGAGGUCACCUUCCGCAAUCCCGUCAUUGAGCGCAUCCCCCGGCUCCGGCGGCAGAAGAAGAUCUUCUCGAAGCAGCAAGGGAAGACUUUCCAGCGAGCCCGGCAGAUGAACAUCGAUGUGGCCACGUGGGUGCGGCUGCUCCGGAGACUCAUCCCCACCCCCACCAGCACCUUCAGUCCCGGGGUGUCCCCAGGUGCUGAGGCCCGCGGCACCGGGGACAUAUCAGUGGAGAAGCUGACACUGGGCACAGACGCGGACAGCUCACCCCACAAAAGCCCCCUGGGCUCGCUGUCCAGCUCCUCCGGCCUGAGCUCCCCGAUCCAGGAAACCGCCCCUGCACCAGAGCUGCCUUUGGAGACCCGAGAGAGCCCAGGCUCGGCCCUGUGCAGCCCGCUGAGGAGCUCCCCCCUGUCCCUGGAGGAUUUCAAGUUCCUGGCAGUGCUGGGCCGUGGCCACUUUGGGAAGGUUCUGCUCUCAGAGUUCCGAGCCAGCGGGGAGCUGUUUGCCAUCAAGGCUCUGAAGAAGGGGGACAUUGUAGCGCGAGAUGAGGUGGAAAGCCUGAUGUGUGAGAAGCGGAUCCUGGCCGCGGUGACCAGCGCUGGACACCCCUUCCUGGUCAACCUGUUUGGCUGUUUCCAGACACCUGAGCACGUGUGCUUUGUGAUGGAGUACUCGGCCGGCGGGGACCUCAUGCUCCACAUCCACAGCGACGUGUUCUCCGAGCCUCGUGCCAUCUUCUACUCAGCCUGCGUGGUGCUGGGGCUACAGUUCCUCCACGAACACAAGAUAGUCUACAGGGACCUGAAGUUGGAUAAUUUGCUCCUGGACACCGAGGGCUACGUCAAGAUCACAGACUUUGGCCUCUGCAAGGAGGGAAUGGGCUACGGAGACCGGACCAGCACUUUCUGCGGGACCCCCGAGUUCCUGGCCCCCGAGGUGCUGACGGACACAUCGUACACGCGGGCCGUGGACUGGUGGGGGCUGGGCGUGCUGCUCUACGAGAUGCUGGUGGGCGAGUCGCCAUUCCCAGGGGACGACGAGGAGGAGGUUUUCGACAGCAUCGUCAAUGAUGAGGUGCGCUACCCGCGCUUCCUGUCCACCGAGGCCAUCGGCAUCAUGCGCAGGCUGCUGCGCAGAAACCCGGAACGCAGGCUGGGGUCCAGCGAGCGGGACGCAGAGGAUGUAAAGAAGCAGCCCUUCUUCAGGACCCUGGGCUGGGACGCGCUGCUGGCCCGCCGCCUGCCGCCGCCCUUCGUGCCCACCCUGGCGGGCCGCACCGACGUCAGCAACUUCGACGAGGAGUUCACUGGCGAGGCCCCGACGCUCACGCCGCCCCGCGACGCGCGACCCCUCACGGCCGCCGAACAGGACGCCUUCCGGGACUUCGACUUCGUGGCGGGGGGCUGCUAGCCCUCCCUCCCUCCCCCGGCCCUCCCCCGCCCCCACAGAGCUCUUAGUAGUUUUUAAAAAGGCAAACUUUGGGCUUUGCCCGGUUCCUGCG